AUGGUAGCUCAACCACAAGUAACCAUUAAGCUUGGUGUAAAACCGAAUGAUAAGGAUAAGAAUGGAAAAACUUAUACAGGAGAUUCUACUGGAAGUAAGAGUGUUAUUAUUAAAGUCACAAGAUCUUUCUAUCCUCUUGACCAAGGAUCUACUGCAAACUUCCUCAAGUAUACUCAUGAGGAUAAGGAUAAUACUGGCAGAAUAUCACCGUUUAAACUAAAAGCAGUUAAAGAUGGCACUCCUAUUCCUAUUAAUGGGAUUCCUCCCAAUGGAGCUAGUAUACCUAAUGUGACCUCCGUUUCAGCUUAUUACUGGAAGUAUAAACCUAAGACAGUUCUCAUAUUAGGGGUUACUGCCACAGGUACUAAGAGUGAAACUACUUAUUAUGUCAAAAAUCUUUUAUUUAGUGGUGGUACUAAAUGGGCACAAGCUGGUACUGGUAACCUAGAUGAUGAAGAACUUGAGAAUGUAUUGGAUCAACAAAACUGUUAUUUCAACAAUGCUGUUACUAUGAAUGUAUAUUUUACUAAGUCGCAGAUCUAUACCAGUGGUAAUAAUAAGUAUUGUUGCUAUUACCAUGAGGGGACCAGUGGGAAAGGAAGGGUCUCCGUUGAGCGAAAGACUGUUUCUUGCACAUCCCACAUCUCAACUCGCCUUACAGUCUACAAACAUGAAUUUACUUUUGGUGAUAGUUCUAGAUUAUCUGGUAUUAAGUAUUAUGAUGGUAGAGGUCAAAGAAGGAGAAUAAAGAUUACUGGUCUUGUAUUACCUACCAGAGACUCAGUGAAGGUAUAUGUUUUCUACUGCAACGGUAAAAAUCCAGUUCUUAUCUACAUCAGAAGUAGAGGCAUAGCUACAGGAUGGUACAAAAAGAACGAUAAUAGCAGUAGUAAUGGUAAAGAUGAAAAAUGGGAAAAAGUUCAGGAUUGGCUCCCUAACAUAAUACCUAAUAACUUUAAGACUACGGACCAUGGAAAAUUUGAUGAACUUGUUAAAGCGCUACAGAAGGCGGGCGGAUGUAAAAAGUCGGGAAUAUGUCCUCCUGAUCCUCCCCCUCAACAACGGCAACAAGAAGCUUCUCCUGCUGAAGGAUCUCCUACUUCUGAUGCUCUUGCUGAUGGAGGAGCUAGCAUUUUUGCCGGUCUUGGUAUAUGGUCCAUAUCUGGCAUAUCCUCUGGUACCCUGGCCGGAGCUGGUGGUCUUACUGGAUUUGGUUGGUGGAUGUUUAAACGUUCUAGAGGAGAUCCUUGGAUUAGACAGAUUUAA